UGUUGCUCAAUGACGGACGCAGAGGAGUUUCCCUACAAGUUCAAUCCCGAGGAGAAAGUCCUGUGUUUCCACGGGCCCUUGCUCUACGAAGCCAAGUGCCUGGAGGCGAAACUACGCGACAAGGACGGCUCGCCAGCGCCGCACUACCUCGUCCAUUACAAUGGCUGGAACAAAAAGUGGGACGACUGGGUUGACGAAACGCGCAUCCUCAAGUGGAACGAUGAAAACUUGGCCCGACAGCGCACGCUGGCAGCCAGCCAGGAGAGCAAGAAGAAGCUCGAGCAGCCCGCGGUCAAGCCGGUCGAGAAGAAAAUCCGAAAGGAGGAUGGAACCGCCGCCGCGAGCGUGUCCACCUCCAGCCGAGCUGCUCGACGAAAACCGCGUACUGACGACACACUCGAGGCAGAGUCCGAGGCUGCUACACGUAUUGAAAUCCGAAUCACUAUUCCAGAAAACCUUAAACGCUUGCUGGUGGAUGACUGGGACUAUGUGACACGACAAAAGAAGCUGGUGACUCUUCCACGGACACCCACUGUUGAGCAGAUUCUUCAAAAGUUUAAGGCCACCCAGUUAGAGCAGCACGACAACACUUCGGCCGACGUGCUGGACGAAGUCAUCGAUGGCCUCACGCUGUACUUUGAUCGCGCAUUGAGCAAAUUGCUGCUCUAUCGGUUUGAACGACCCCAGUACGCGGACUAUUCCGUCGACCAUCCUGUAUUCCGAGCUUCGCAAGUAUAUGGUUGUGAGCAUCUUCUUCGGCUCUUUGUCAAGCUACCGGCUCUUCUUGCACACACCACCAUCUCGGAAGACUCUGCGGGGUUGCUGGUCGCCCACCUUGAUAGCUUUUUGCGCUUUUUCGAUCGCAAUUUUACUGGCAACUACGAGAACGCCACGCCCGACUACUGUCGCCGAGCCUCUCCCUAGAUCGGAGGAGAGUUUAGUUUUUGUGAUUUGCAGCCAGUGUACUAUAUGCGUGGGAUGCUCCUGCCUUGUGCGUGUGUCGCGUCAAAAAACACAUCCAAAUUCACAGUUGAUCGGCAAACUCAG